AAAUUGAAAAGAAAAGCCCCUUGCGCGCACUGUCCUUAGCUCUGCUGCUUCUCUCUCUCUCACUCUCUCUCUCUCUGAGGCAAGAAAGGCAAGUAAAUGUCGAAAAUCAGCGAACCAUCUUCGACCGUGCAUCCUCCUGACUCGGAGGUGAUGAGCAACGCAAUCCUCAUCUUGGAGGACCAGGGAGGUUCGAGCCGGCCCGCUGUUUCGGAAAAAGAGGUCCCGAAGGAGCAGAGGGCUGCGAGGAAGACGAGGAGGCUGAGCCAGGUGGAGACGCCGGAAGCUCUGAGGAAGGCGACGAGGAAGAGGAAGGCGAUGCCGUCGGGGGUCGGCGGUCCAAACGGUGGGAAGAUGAAGCGGUUGAGUGAGGUGAAGACGCCCGAGGGGUUCAAGAAGGGUGAUAAGAAGAAGAUCAAGAAGACGAAGAUGAAGACGGCGACGGCGGCGCCGCCUGUGAAGAGGAAGAGCUUGAAGAGAGCGAGUUCUUCAAAGCCAGCGAAGAAGGGUGGGAAAUAAUUCGUGGGAGAAGUCGGUGGCUCCUGUCCUGCGUUCUUUCUGUCGAUCACGAGCUCUCGUGAUGUAGCUGCUGCAAUCUUGUUCAUCAAGCUGCUCUGAUUUUCUGGUUAAUCUUCUGGUUCAUGUAGCUUUAACCCUCUGUUUCGCUUCAAUUUGGGAGGACUUGAAAAAGUAAUUUUUGGUUUA